AUGACAGUUAAAUGUUUGAAUCAUCAAAGAUCACUCGAAUUCAUUUGUUAUCAAUGUAAUAGUUUGAUGUGUUCAAGGUGUAUCACCGGUCAUAAUAAAGAUCAUCCUGAUCAUGCCAAUCAAUGUGAACAUAUCGAUGACAUCAAGGAUUCAUUGAGUACAUUGAAAUUAGAUGAUAUUAUUUACAGCAACACAACAACAAUCAAUAAUCAUAUUAAUAAUGAUAGUACUAAUAAUGACAGUGUUAAAAAUAGUAAUAAUAAUAAUAAUUCUCAUUCAUAUAUCAAUAAUAAACUUAAAUCUCUAUGGGAAUCAUUAAGAUCAUCGACAACAAGAUAUCAAUCAUUAUCAACAACAGAGAAUGAUAUCAAACAACACUUUGAACAAUUACAUCAAUAUCUAAUCAGAGAAGAACAUAAACUACAAAGAGAUAUUAUCAAUGAUAAACAAACAAUCACAAAUCAAAUCGAUAAUAAUAUCAUAAAUUUGAAAUAUUUAUUAAAUAUAAUAAUGUUAUUUAAUAAAUUAAAUAAUAAUAAUAACAAUAAUAAUAGUAAUGAAGAUACGUCAGUAAUUGAAGAUACAACAACAUUAUAUUCAACAACAAUAAUGGAAUCAAUAACAACAAGUUCAUCAUUACAAUCAUUCAUCAAUCAUAAUAAUCAAACAUUAUUCAAUGAACAUAAUUUUAAAUAUAAUAAUUAUUUCAAUAUAGAUGAGCUUCUCAAACAACACGAUAAUGAUUUGACAUCAUUAUUAUUAGAUAUCAUUCAUAAAUACAACAAUCAAUUCAAUGAAUCAACAACAAACACAGACAAUAAUAACUUAACAUUAUCAUCAUAUAAAUUAUCAAUCAAACAGCCUGAUUUCAACCAAUUGGAUUCAAUCAUUGAACAAUCAAUCAAACUUGAUAGGAUAGAAUCAACUGAAUCAAUAAAUACAACAACAAAAAACAACAAUGAUAAUAAACAAUCUUAUAUUUUCACAACACACCAAUCAAGAGGAGCAACACUGAUCAACACAUCAAACAACUAUUCAAUUGAAGAAUUGGAGUUUGAUUAUCAAUUUACUUAUACCACCUCCUCUAUUAUUUCAAUUGGUGAAUAUAUCUAUGUAUUCGGUGGAAUAGAAAAUGAAUGGAAAUGGAUUAAAUUUUCAAUUCGAUCGAAAUCAAUUGAACAUAUUGGUGAUAUCGAAGGAAUCAAAGGUGAUUAUUUGAUAUCAGUUUGUUAUGAUGGUCAAGAUCAUAUCUAUUUAGUGAAUGGUUAUCAUAUUAAGAAUAGGAUUGAUCGAUUCAACAUCAAAACAAUGAAAUUUGAAUCAUAUCAUCAAUUACCUGUUGGAUAUGGUAUGCAAGUAUCAUCAAUGAUCUUCAAAGGUUCAUUAUAUUCAGUAUCGCACAAUCAAAAUAAGAUGUUUCAAUUCGAUUUAACAAACAGAACGAUAACAGAUCAUCAAAUUGACAUUAAACCAUCAUCAGCAUGUCAUGAUAACAAUGGAAAUUUCUUCAUAUUUGAUAUGGCAAGCAAACGAUUCAUCAAAUACAAUGUUGAAACCAAACAAACAAACAAUCUCAAUUCUAUUCCUCUCAAAAAUGGACAGUUUCCAUUUGUGAUAUUUCAUAGAGAAUCACCAACAUCAAGUUAUAUCUAUUCAUUUGGUACCACUAAUGAUUAUCACAUUAGACGUGGUGCAUCUACAUCAAUUACAUUAUAA